AUGGCGACGAUCGAUGGACGACCGGCCCAGUACCAGAUCUCGCAGAAGAUCCUGCGAGACAUCAUGGAGCACCGGGGCCGUGAAGCGGUCGCGAAGGUGGCGGAGCACGGUGGCGUGAACGAGAUCUGCCGGAAGCUGUACACGUCGCCGAACGAGGGUCUGAGUGGCUCGAAGGCGGACUACGAUCACCGGCGGGAAACGUUCGGUUCGAACGUGAUCCCACCGAAACCGCCCAAGUCCUUCCUGACGCUCGUCUGGGAAGCGCUGCAGGACGUGACGCUGAUCAUCCUGGAGAUUGCGGCCAUCAUUUCGCUGCUGCUGUCCUUCUACCAGCCAGCGGACGACGAUGAACCGAUCGUGGAGGACGAGGAGGAGCACUACUCGUGGAUCGAGGGCCUCGCCAUCCUGGUGUCGGUGUUUGUGGUGGUCGUGGUGACGGCGUUUAACGAUUACUCGAAGGAGAAACAGUUCCGGGGGCUGCAGUCGCGAAUCGAGGGCGAACACAAGUUCUCGGUGAUCCGGGGCGGUGAUCCGGUGCAGAUCAACAUCGGCGAUAUCGUGGUCGGGGACAUCGCGCAGAUCAAGUACGGGGAUCUGUUGCCGGCGGACGGCGUUCUGAUCCAGAGCAACGAUCUGAAGAUCGACGAAUCGUCGCUGACGGGUGAAUCGGAUCACGUGAAGAAGAGUGAAGCGACAGACCCGGUGGUGCUGUCCGGGACGCACGUGAUGGAGGGCAGCGGCAAGAUGGUGGUGACGGCCGUCGGCGUCAACUCGCAGGCCGGCAUCAUCUUCACGCUGCUCGGGGCGGCGGUGGACGAGCACGAGGCGGCCGCGAAGCAGAAGAAGAAGGACGCCAAGCGGGCGAAGAAGGCGGGCAAGGACGAGAUCACGAACAAUAGCCACGGCCACCAGCCGGGGCUGAAGAGCCAGAUGACGGUCGAUUCGAUCACCUCGGACGAUGGUGGUGGCGGUGAGGAAGGCGGCAAGAGUGGUGGCGGCGAAGGUGGCCACGGUGGCAAGGAGAAGUCGGUGCUGCAGGCCAAGCUGACGAAGCUCGCCAUCCAGAUCGGGUACGCCGGUUCGACGAUCGCCGUCCUGACGGUGAUCAUCCUGAUCAUUCAGUUCUGCAUCCAGACGUUCGUGAUCGAGCAGAAACCGUGGCGCAACUCGUACGCCAACAACUUGGUGAAGCACUUCAUCAUCGGUGUGACGGUGCUGGUGGUGGCCGUGCCCGAGGGUCUGCCGCUGGCCGUCACCCUGUCGCUGGCGUACUCGGUGAAGAAGAUGAUGAAGGACAACAAUCUGGUGCGCCAUCUGGAUGCGUGCGAAACGAUGGGCAACGCGACGGCCAUCUGCUCGGACAAGACGGGAACGCUGACCACGAACCGGAUGACGGUGGUGCAGUCGUACAUCUGCGAGAAGCUGUGCCUGGUGACGCCCCGCUUCUCGGACAUCCCGCGAGUCGUCGGAGAGGCGAUCAUCGACGGGAUUGCGCUGAAUUCGGCCUACACGAGCGGGUUGAUGCCGGGCCAGAAUCCGGGCGAUCCGCUGCAGCAGGUCGGCAACAAGACGGAGUGUGCGCUGCUUGGGUUCGUGAAUGGGCUCGGGAAGAAUUACCAGUCGAUCCGGGAUCAGCACCCGGAGGAUUCGUUUACGCGCGUUUACACGUUCAACUCGGUGCGCAAGUCGAUGAGCACGGUCGUGCCUCGGUCGAGCGGUGGCGGGUACCGGGUGUUUAGCAAGGGUGCGUCGGAGAUCAUCCUGAAGAAGUGUGCCUUCAUCUACGGGCAGGACGGGGUGCUGGAGAAGUUUACGCGCGACAUGCAGGAACGGUUGCUGCACCAGGUGAUCGAGCCGAUGGCGUGUGACGGGCUGCGCACGAUCUGCAUCGCGUUCCGGGACUUUGUGCCGGGCAAGGCGAACAUCAACGAGGUGCACUUCGACAGCGAACCGAACUGGGACGACGAGGAGAACAUCAUCAGCAAUCUGACCUGUCUGUGUGUGGUCGGCAUCGAGGAUCCGGUCCGGCCGGAGGUCCCGGAGGCGAUCCGGAAGUGUCAGCGGGCCGGCAUCACGGUGCGCAUGGUGACGGGCGAUAACAUCAACACGGCCCGGUCGAUCGCGACCAAGUGUGGGAUCUUGCGGCCCCAGGAUGACUUCCUGAUUCUGGAGGGCAAAGAGUUUAACCGGCGGAUCCGCGAUAGCAACGGUGACAUCCAGCAGCACCUGCUGGACAAGGUGUGGCCGAAGCUGCGCGUGCUGGCGCGCUCUUCGCCGACGGACAAGUACAACCUGGUGAAGGGCAUCAUCGACAGCAAGGUGUCGGCAAGCCGGGAGGUCGUGGCGGUGACGGGCGACGGCACGAACGAUGGGCCGGCGCUCAAGAAGGCGGACGUUGGGUUCGCGAUGGGCAUCGCGGGCACGGACGUGGCGAAGGAGGCGUCGGACAUCAUCCUGACGGACGACAACUUUAGCAGCAUCGUGAAGGCGGUCAUGUGGG